UGCGCGCAUUUCCAACUGCCGCGGUGCAGAACAGUACUGUUUAACAGUUGUAAUUGUAAUUUAUUUAGUCUACGAACAGCUAAGUUACAGCUGCAGUUUUAAUUUUCAUCGUAGACCAUCAAAAUAAAAAUAUCCUCAAAGAUGUCUACCAUCAAGCUGCGCACGACCAUGCCCCGUCGAACGGAAGAGUUCGAAUUUUCAGCUCCACAGUCGUCGCUGAAAAAACCACCCACGCAACGACUAAGUCGUAUUGCUCAUCCCAUUCGGAAGCUUACAAAAGGGAGUCUCGGUCAUGGCUUAAAUGAAAAUCACCGUUCCGCUUCAUGCGACCGUCUUGCAGUGGUUGACCAAACUCCGGGGACUGCACGCAAACUGCGGUUCAACAACAGAAGCCUCAGUGCAACACCAGCCAACAGGACUCCGCUGAGGGGUAACGAGAAUAGUGCCAUCCUUUCGACGGUGGAAAAGGAUAAACCACCUCUGGAGAACCGCGAAUGGAUGAUGGCACAGUGCGAGCGGAUUCUUGACUAUCUGGAAAUGGUUCAUGAUCUGCCGAAGGAGUUCGUUGAGCGGAGGAACUUGAAGGCGAUGUCCACGAAACAGUUUCUGGUGAUAAUUAAUCAUCUGUUUAGGCAAAUCGGCGGAAGUCGGUACAAGUUGGGGACAAACUUCAUUGAAGACAUCAUGAAGACGAUGGCCGAGUUGGAAUAUCCCUAUACGAUCAACAAGUCAAUGCUGAAGACACCGAACGUUCCCCACUCGAUCAAUCACGUCAUAGUCUUGAUCGGAUGGUUGGUACAGUUGGCACCGCGUGUAAAUCAUGAGAUCACUCCUUUGAACCGAGACAGGGAUUUAUUGCAAGAUUUUCCAAACUGCAAAUAUCAGGAUUUCUUUUUUGAAAGGGUUCAGGAUGGUUUCAGUUUGUGGAAUUUAAAGAAGAUGGCCGAGUACGAUUCCAUCGUUGAACAGCUAACCGAUCAACUGGUAGCAGCUCGCACCAAUGGUAUGAAUCAGCUAGAGAUACGGCAAAAAAUCUCCGAGAUGGAACAUGAAAUCCAGGAUUUGAACAACCGAACGAUUCAACAAGGCAGAGAGCUUAGUAUGGAUGGGUUUGCCGAAAAGCUCCAGGAUCAACAGCAGAUGAAGAAAAAGCUUCAAGAGGAAGUUAAGAGCAUACAAAAGCAGGCAAAUAGGCUAGAAGAGGAAUACUAUUUCAGACAAGAGGAAUAUUACGCUCGAGUGAAGAAAAUCGAAGAGCUGAAGCAGGAGAUUGAAACCCAGCAGCUGGCUGCUUCCGAACGAGAUGACAUAAUUAACUCAAUUUCAGCCAAUAAGAACCUUCUUACGGCAAAGAGACUAGCCGUCAGCUCACUGGAACAAUCUUCAUAUGAUCAGCAGAUUGUUGUGUCCCGACUGAUCAAGCAAAAGUUCAAUUUGAUUUCCAAUCUUAACACGAACCUGCACCGGAUGGCGAACAACCUUAAACCAAUGAUCAAUUUCGAAGCACCAACAUUAGAUUUGAAAACGGAAAACUAUGCGGACCUUCUUCAAGAUCUGCGAACCAUCAAAUCACAGCUGGAGGCCGUGGUAGCAAAACAGUCCUCCCUCUACUCACAGCUGAAUGAGGAAAAAUCUCAUCUGGAACAUCAGCUAUCUAAUUUGCAAAUCCACUUCGCGACCGUGGACAAAUCUCUCCAGGAGACGACCGCUCGCUACGAACAGCUUCAAAAGCAACGCCAAGCGCUGAUCAGCCAGUUGAGUGAUAUUUCUGCUGAAAAUUCCCAAGCGUCCCAUCGGACGCAAGACGAACAGAUUUGCAAGGAACGGGAAAUUAUGCAGCUAAAGGACCAGUGUGAACAGAACAGGAAAGCCGUCGAGAAGCUGACCAUGGAGAAGCAGAAACUGAUGGCCCAGAAUUUGGAGGAGUGCCAGCACGUCUUGGCUGAAAAGAAACGGAUGCAGAAAGAGUUGACGGGAAAGCUCGAAAAGAUGGAAUCCGUGAUUCAGGGUAUUGAGCGCGAACUAGGGCCAUUGGAUUAGAGGGCUAUUAUAGGGUUGUGGAAUUUGGAUGGAUGGGUAUUAAAAUUUAUCUGUAUUGUGUUUGUGGAGCGUUUGUAGCAGUGUUGCGUAGGUAUGUGAUGUAAGUA